AAUGAGUGAAAAUGAGAAAAAAUUAAUUUCAAGGUCUCGUUCCAGGCCUUCAUUAGAAUUGUAUAAACCUCCAGUUCUUCGUGGAAUAAAGUCUCUUCCUAGAAAAGUCCAAAAUGUGCAAACUGAAUUUCCAGAAGAAAAUAUUCAAAAAGAAAUUUCACUUUUAUCGUCAAAUGAAGAAAACAAAGAAGAAACAAGUCAAUUACCAAAAUCUCAGCUUAAAAUUCCUUCAAAAUCAACAGAAAUACCACAAAAAUGCCAAAAACAAUUAAUUAAAAAAUCAGAAGAAAAAGCCAAACCUUCAAUGAAUUUUGAUGAUUUAAUAAAUAAUUUGCGUUUAUUUUUGUCAAAAGAUUUACAAAAUGGAAACGAAAUUGGGGAGUUUUUAAUUUUAAAUUGUUCUCCUGAAAUGGCUAAAUAUGUUGGAAUUUUUAUUGUUAAAUAUUUGGUGGAAGAUUGUUGUAAAAAUAAUAAAAAAUAUUUGAAAAAAGGAAUUCUCUCAAAGUUAUUUACUUCAUUAUUUAACACUUCAAUAUUUAAAUAUUUUUAUAAUGGAAUUAUUUUGUCUUUUGAACGUUAUUUUGAAUGUAAAAAUAAAUUAAGGAAUUUAGAAGAAAUUAAAGAAGAAGAAAAUUCUUUUUAUUUUUUGGUUUGGCAAAAUUUUAUUUUUUUAAUUUUUGAAUUGGCACAAAUUUGUAAUGAAGAAGGAAUAAUUAUUUUAAUUUUUAAUAUUUUUGAUUAUUUACUUAAUGAACCUGUUUUGAAUUCUUUGAAAAUUUUUGAGUUGGAAUCAAUUUUAUCUCUUUUAAUGAUUAUUGGCCACCGUUUAGAAUUAGACUAUCCACUCCAAACAGACGAAUUACGUAUUUUAUUACGCAAUGCUUCUUUAAAUUCAACAGAAUGUUGGGCACGAAAAAUGAUUUUGUUAAUGGUGGAAUUGGGGGCUGUUAAUUGGAAAAUUGUUCCGCAAAUUGAAGAAUUUUAUUAUACUUUGUGA